AAACAGAAUUAAUUUUAUAAAUUUAGCAAUGUUCUAUUUAUAUUUUAAAAAUAAAUAAUGAACAAGCGUAAAACUUAAGAUGGUCUAAAUUCUCCCCCCAAUCAUCCUUUGUCUAAAAUCAAUAUUUCUAGCGAGAGGGUGAGAGAAACGGAUGGAAUUGUAUUCGCGAAUUAGAGAAGGGAUGCUAAUCGGACUGCUAUAAGUAAAGCCUGUUGCUGCAGUCACAUUUCAAAGUUCGUUAUUACGAUAAGUUGCUCGUUCGAAUUAAAAAAGAAUUUGAUUGUCCAUUAUUGCGAUUUAAACAUUUGAAAAAAGUUAGUAAUGUGCUGUGAAUAUCAAUCUAAAGAUUAUGGAUAAGCUGAGUAAUUGGACCCGUGGUAUGAAUAUAUCAUCAACAUCACUAUCUGGACAAAAUUGUAUUUCAAAUUUAUCAACACCUUCAAUUUUAGAUAAAUUAUUAAUCAUUACUCCAUCAUUGAUAUCAAUAAACCAAGAAUUAAAAUGGAUUUUUUUUUUACAUAUGUAUGGUUUUGCCUGUCUCUUCUUUGUACUUGCAUUUUAUACAUUUUUAUCUAUUUUACACUUAAGAUCCCUUAUAUCAAGCCGGCCUUUUAUGUCUACAAUAAAUAUGUUUUUAUGUAUAUUUGGAGCAUCAAGAGCAGCAUGUCUUUUUAUAGAUCCAUACAAUCUUAAAGAUAUUAUGCCCAAAAUUAUUGGAUCUAUAGUGUGGGAUAUUGGAUUUCCAUGUAUAACAUCUGCUUUUAGUCUUAUACAACUGGCAUUUUUACAAUUAACUCAGCUCAAAUUUGGUCCAGAAAAAAUUCAGAAAGAAUCUUGUCUUAGUUUAAUUAUAACAGGACAUUUUUUUUUCAUAAUUGCUAGUGAUAUUGCUCUUAUCUCUCACAAUUGUUACAUGGUAAAAUAUGUAGUCCAAAUAGUGUUCCUUAUCUGGAGUAUUCUUUUGUAUUUAAUAUUUCUACAUGCAGGAUAUAAGCUAAUUCAUUUACUGCAAACUGUACCAAAUAGUAUGUUAAUGAGGGAUUCCAAUACACAUCAGAAAGGUAUUAUGCAAUUAGCAAUGUUAGCUCCUUAUAAUAAUUUGGCAUCAUCUGUUGCUGCUGCUUUAGUACCUACUUUGCUCAAUUCUAAAAUUAAAGAUGGAGAAAUAACAGAAUCUGCAUCUUUUACAAACGAGUUGAAUAAAAAUUCUAAAGAUGGAAUUACGAAAUCUGAAAAAGAAGAACAAAUCCUAAAAGAUUGUGAUAAAUCUCCUUGUAAAAGUAUGUCAUCUCAAGAAGAAAAAACUAUUCCAGUAUCAACAGUACCAGAAGUAUAUGUUAGACCUCCGACACCUACACCAUCAACAACUAAUUUACCUAUAAUAACAGUAUCCAGUCCAAGUCGUAGAAGUUCUGUCGCUAGUAGACAAGAUAGUGAAGUGUCUAAAUCUUCUCGUAGAAAUUCAGAAUGUAGUGUUAAAUUCAUAAAUGAAGAAGAUGGUUUUUCAAUCGAUAGUCGACGUAAUUCUGACUUUAGUCCUAAAAAUUCACCUGAUAUUGAUAGAAAACGAUCUCCAGAUAGAAUGUACCGAAGAUAUUCUGAAAAUGUAACACCUUUGGGUAGUAUAAGAGAUUUAAGACGAUGUUCUGAUUUUUCACAUGAAAAGAAUAGAAGUUCUCAAUUUGCUGCUAAAUUGAAAAGAAAUAGCGAUUUUGGAAAUAGAACACCUAGACGAAUGCUACCACCAACUGAUCAUAAAUUACCAAGAGUAGUAGAUCUAAGCCCUACAGGUUCGAGACGUAAUUCAGAUGUUAGCAGUUUUAUUUCCAGAGCCGAAUUACGUAGAAAUUCUGAUAUUUCUUUUCGACGUAAUUCGGAAUUCGUUCAAGUUAAGCCAUUAGAUUUAAAUCGUCGAAGUAGUGAUAUUAGCAUUAGAAGCUUGAGUAGAAGUCCAACUCAUAGUCGUAAUAUAGUUCCUGAAAAAAUAGAAAUACACGAAAAAUCUGAAUCUGAUUCGGAUCAACCUGAUUGUAAUGAAAAAGCAGCUCUAAUGGCAGAAAAAAAUAAAGAUAAAGAUAAUGAUGGAAAAUCACGAAAAAAAAAUUUAUCUUGGAAAAACGAAAAAGAAAAAAAAGAUGUUGAAGAUAUAACUGUGGAGACUUUGCUUUCUGAAAAUACUAAAGUUGACGGAAAAGUUGCGAAUAAUGAUUUCACACUUCAUUCAAUAUUAAAUCAUAUUGCAUACGUAAAUAGAACUAAAUCCGAUACUCCUUUACAUGUGUUAGAAGCAAAUACUGCAGCAGUUAGAAGAUCACAAAUUCAAAAAGUAUUGAAUGUAACAUAUAUAACCGCGAUUUUAGGGAUUAUUUUAUGUAUUACAGAUAUAGCACGUAUUUUUGGACCAUACGGGCUUUUAGCUGAGACUGUGAAAUAUGGAUCAGAACCAACUAUUACACAGUAUCCUAAACCAUGGCCCUGGUUUAUGUUUCAAACUUUUUGCAGAAGUUUAGAAUUAAUUAUGGGUUGGGCAAUGGCAAGUAUUACCAAGCAACCAUCAGUAAGCCCACGACAUCAAUAUUUAAGCAGUUACCCUAAUUAUAAUUUACAUAUGAAAAGAGGUAAUAAUCCUUAUAUAUGAAGCAAUAUAUUACCAAAUC